GUUUGAAAUGUAAAAUAAAACACAAUAUAUCGGCACUUACAAAUUUACUUUUGGACGUGUUUCCAAGGCUACAAAGAACAAUUGUGAUUACAUUACGGAUAGCUUUCAUCUCUAACAUUUUGAAUCCAACUAUUGCACUUUACAGGGACACAAUUACUGUUGGUAAACGUAUGCGCGGCAAGCAUUUUGUUCAGCAGCCUUUGUCACAUGACGUGUUUAUGUGAACGUGGAACUGAUACGGUUGUUCGUGGACAGAAGAGGGAGAUCGAGGCGAGAAAGAGAGGAAGAAAUAGAGCGACAGAGAGGCAGAUGCUCGGGGUGUUACCCGCAGUUGUAGAGAACGAAGCGUUUAGCCCACUACAUUUUUGUAUAUUGAGCGGACCUUCCAUGCAUUCCGCAGUAAAAGCUUAGUUCCCACUCAGAGACAAUAUAAUGUUUCUAAAUGUAGCCAUGGGUGAGCGACAUGGGGAUAUGAAUAGGCUAAACAUAAAGAAAAUCUAACAUCAGCAAGACGAUCCCGGAAAUAAGCGUACCCUCAGCCGGUCACGUAGGCUACGCUGGAGCUUUAGAAACUUCUGCAAAUCAGACUAUUUCAUUUGAAGAGAAGGAUACUUUUUAACAUGAAACUUUCCAAAGCUGUGCCACCGCUCCUCUCUCGAAGCCUUGACAGUUGUGCUGUACACUCUUUCCCGCACUGUGGCAAUCGUAGAAAAUGAGGGGAGGACGUGGGCUACGUGCGCAUCCAGCACCACUAGACGAGAUGAAAUGGAGAACUUGGAACACACGGACCUUUUAAAUCCAGGCUCUUCCCACAGGCACCACAGUUUUUCAGCCUCGCACGAGAGAGGGGCAAACGGUGAACACGCAUCGGGAACUGCCGAGCUUCACUCUUACAAGACCAAUAUGGGACUAAACGGAUACUGCAUGGGCACGGCGCCGGUAGGGAGCGCCACGGCUGCGGAGUUACUAGCGGGUCUGGCUUCCAAAACCAGCUCUCCCAGUAUCACGGUUUUGAAAGAACCUUCAAAGACCGGGCUGCCGUUCCUUAACGGUGAGAUCGUGGCGUCAUCUGCUACUAUUGAGGGCAGCCACGGUGUGGUCAGGUCGCAAACUCCCAACUGUUACCCCGCGCAGGUGAAGGGGGUUACAGAGGCACUGACUGGCCUGGAUGAACCCCUCGGCAGCAGAGCAGGCCUCGGAGAGAACGGGGACAGAACACCACACGAGAAAUGCGCCAUUCUGAUUAAGAGAACCAAUGGUGACAUGCGGUUCAGACAGCUGCAGCAUCAGAAACGGAGAGGCGGUGAGAACCGGGAUGUUGUGUCGGGGACGCCAGGUGGGUGUGGUGGGUCACCAGGCCCUGGAUUAGGAUCUCUAAGCGUGAUGGCCAGCGGACCAGGCGAAUUGCUGCACUCAGACUGUAAACGGAGACGUGUGGUGGAGAGCGACGUUUACAAAGCGGAGACCUCCAGGCCGGUCACUUUGCUGGCUGCUAACAGUGAUCAUAGCAACCACAACCCCUGCACCGCCCCUCACCCCUCGACACCCACCCCUCACAGCAGCAAGCUGCACCCGAACAGGCCCAUUGGACGCGUGGCCGGGCUGUUGGGCCUCGCGGCGGUACCGGGCCAGACGUCCCCAGUGGAGGCCAACAGCAUCCCAUCUCUUCUGGUGCCGCCGGGGGAAGGCUGGUCGGCUGAGCGUAUGGCCCGGCAGUACAUAGUGCCCUGCAUGAAGUCCCAUGGAAUCUGUGUCAAGGACAACUUCCUGGGGCCGCGGCUGGGUGAGGCGGUCCUGGGCGAGGUGGAGACACUAAACUGCAGUGGUAAGUUCCGGGGCGGUCAGCUGGUCAGUCAGAGGAGCAUCCCCUCGAGAAAUAUCCGCGGUGACCUGAUCGCCUGGGUGGAGGGCCACGAGCCGGGCUGCGACAGCAUCUCCAAGCUGAUGAGCCGCAUCGACGAGGCCGUGAUGUACAGCGCCGCCAACGGGCGUCUGGGCAACUGCGUCAUCAAUGGGCGCACCAAGGCUAUGGUGGCCUGUUACCCAGGGAAAGGCACAGGAUAUGUCCGUCAUGUGGACAACCCAAACGGGGACGGGCGAUGCAUCACCUGCAUCUACUAUCUCAACAGGAACUGGAAUGCCCAGGUUCAUGGAGGUAUGCUGCAAAUCUAUCCAGAGGGGAAGAACGUAGUGGCCAACAUCGAACCAUUGUUUGACCGUCUGCUCAUCUUCUGGUCUGACCGUAGGAACCCACACGAGGUCAAGCCGGCCUUUGCUACACGCUACGCCAUUACCGUCUGGUACUUUGAUGCCAAGGAGCGAGCCGAGGCCAAGGAGAAGUACCGAUUGGCUACCGGACAGAAAGGUGUGCAAGUGCCUGUCACUCAAAGCAGUUAGACAUGAAUCUCGUCCAAUCCUGGAGUUUGUUGUGGACAUCCAUGUCCCUACCCGUGCUGCUAGUCAACAUCCUAAUUCUGAAAACCCAGCCGUCCCCACCCCUUCUGCCUCUGUCAAUCACCUGUCACAGCUCCUGAUUGGCUGUAACGAGGCAACUGCAGCAAGUGAUUGGGCGGUUGAGGUGGAAUCAGACAUACUCAGGUGGCAUGAGGACCGAAGAGGAUGAAGAGGACUCCUCAGCAGAAGUUGACGAGUUAUUAGAGACAAUACACAGAGUGUAAAUGGAAACUCUCUCUUCCUUUCACGCUUUUCCAGUAACCAGUGCUGUUAUAACCAGAAGCUGAUUUCAGAGACUUUUCAGCUCAGUGAAAAGUUGUCAGGUCUGAGCAGACAAGAGAGUUGAAUAUGAUUCAAGAUGCUGAUCAACACUCAACUUAUUCAGCAUGUGCUCCGUACUCCCCCCACCCCCCACCCCCCAUGGGCAGAUAGUAACACAGUAAGGGGUCCUUUACAUAUCAAUCUGUAGUUUGGCAUUUAGCUGUUCCAACAGUCAUGCUGUUGGAGACCCUUCUACAGAGGACUGAAGAAUAUCUUUAACUCAGCAUGAACUAAUCACCAGACACAAAUGCUCUCAUAGCCUCAUCCAUAAUGAUUUAUGUGACAUUGAAGAGUUUAACAAAUGUGUGAUGUAAGACAGCACAGGGCAACUCAAACGUUUGCUUUGCAAUGUAACAAUUCCCAGAGUGUUUUUGCUUGUGAAUGGUUUGUGAACGGUUUCCAUGAAAUCUUUGGAUACUGCUCGCCAAAAGAAUAUGAGGUAAAACAAGGUUUCCUGAAUGUUAUGGGGUAUAUUUUAUUAUUAUUAUUAGUGUGUGUGUGUGUGUGUGUGUGUGUGUGUGUGUGUGUGU